CUACUUCCAACAACAUCGAAAUCGACCGUCCUGCACUUACUUCUACUCCCAGCCAUAAUAAUGCGGUUACCACCAGUUCUUCUCCAGCUCCUAAUAACAUUACUCCUCCUUCCAUCAAUUCUACCGCAUCUUCUUCUUCAUUAGGCAAACGAUCUCGAUCAUCCAGUGCCAAAACCGAUUCUUAUGAAUUGACUCCAGAUAUGAAAGAAGAAUACAAACGAGCAUUUGAGGCGUUGGAUGAUGAUAAAAAAUGGGUUCUAGACGAUGGCACUAAAGUGGAGGAUGCAAUGUAUACAUAUGGAGCAAAUUGUACUCAUGAGCAGUAAGGAGAUAAGCAUACCCUUUGAUUCGUUCUAUACUCUUGAUAUUGAGGGCUUCUUGCUAAUUAAACUAAAAAUAUUUAGCCCCGUGCAUUCAUUUAUUCUUGACACGGAAGAUAAGUGUUGGAAAUCAGUGUUCAAUCCAUCUCAGCUUCAACAAUUAAAGUUAGCCAGCAAUAAGCUGUUCUGUGAAUAUGGAGAAGCAUGCAAAAACAUGUUUUCCGUAUUUUCAAAAGUUAUCAAGGAUGCCAAGAGUCGUAAGCUGGCUUCAAUAGCAUCAUCGUCAUCAACAUCAUCAGCAGCAGCAACAACAGCAGCAACAGAUCCGUCAUCUUCGGAGUUGACGUUGACUAUCAAAGAUGAAGAAGAUCUAAUUGAUGAGCUGUGGGAGAGACUCGCCGAAAUCGGUCUCAUCAAUCCGCGAAAACAUUACGAUCUAUAUUGGCUACAAAAAACGAUAGACCAUUUUCUUAACUUAUACCGGUUCAAAGUAUUGGAGUGGGUCAAAAAUCAUGGCUCAGAAAUGGACUUUAUCAAUCGUGUAUGGACCAUACUAGAUCAGGUUUUUGACGAUAUAAGGGUUGAAACAAGAAGGGACAAUGGAUCCGUGUCAGCCACCUUCAUUGAUAACGAAGAUCGCGCAGUAGCUGGAAUGGCCGCCAUUGCAGCCAAGGUGUCUUCUAUCAGACCUGAUCUUGUGUUAUUCCAAAAUGGAGUCGAAUAUGGAGUCGCAGAGUGUGGGAAAGGAGACGAUGAAGAGGUUGGAAAGAAAGAGAUCGUGGAGACUAGUUUGGAUUGUCCAAAAAUCAUGAAAAGCAUGUUUCUGCAUGCAGCAUUAAAAUGUGACAACGACGAGGGUGUGACUCGAGCAUUACAAAUAGUUGGAUUUUGUCAUUUUGAUCUUCGCAUGAAAGUUUUAGUAAUGGACAACGCUAAUGGCUACGUCUGCAGAAUCCGAUCAACACCGCAAUACGAAAUAUCAACCAUUCCUUCACAAAUGUCAUCUGGUCUACUUCCUAUAUUAAAACUAACUCUUAGAUCCAAGUUGACCAUCCAAUCGUCUAUCAAGGUUGUCAAUGAUUAUUUUACACCUGGAGAAGAUAAUGACCCCGAUUUUCAAGCCAGUAUGGAUCAAAACAAGACACGUUUAGUACUCCCGCGACUUCAGAAAUCACCCAAUAAAAAACCAAAGAAAUCAGUCUAAAAAGCAUACAAGUAAUCAUCCAACGAAUCUUCUAGCACAUAUGUACCAAGUACCAUCAUCACCAACAUAACAACAGCCACUACCUUUUUACUUAUGGCAUACCCUCCAUUUAUAUUUUAUUUUUACCAUAUCAAAUGUUUUUACCUAUAUCA